AUGGCCCACCCACCGUGUUCACCGGACCUCACUCCAACGGAUUAUCAUCUGCUCCUGUCGCUGUCGGACCAACCGAAAAAUAAGAAGUUCGAUUAUGUGAAUCAACUCGAGACGUACAUUGACGAGUUUUCCAACUCGGAAUCUCAGGAAUUCUACGCAAGCAGGAACCACAAGUUGCCUGGUGAAUGGCAAUACCUUGUCGAUAAGGAUGGUGCAUAUAUUUGUUAA